CAGUAACGAAUCAGACGCGUGUGUACUCGUAGUUACUGACGUUCGACCAAUAAACAUGCAUCCCAGCCUGGCGAGGGCGGGAUUAGCUCACAGUGAAGUUUGUGUGUGAAAAAGUGUAUGAGUAACAGGAGCGGAGUGGGUAGUACGGUGAGCUGUUCAUAACCUCGCCACAAUGACCAAGCUAGGCUUCCUGCGUUUGUCCUAUGAGAAACAGGACACACUGCUGAAGCUGCUCAUUCUGUCUAUGGCCGCUGUCCUCUCAUUCUCCACAAGACUGUUUUCCGUCUUGAGGUUCGAAAGUGUCAUCCAUGAGUUUGAUCCUUACUUCAACUACCGUACCACCCGCUUCCUGGCAGAAGAAGGAUUUUAUAAAUUCCACAACUGGUUUGAUGACAGGGCCUGGUAUCCUCUGGGGAGGAUCAUUGGUGGAACCAUCUAUCCAGGGCUGAUGGUCACCUCUGCCGUCCUGUACCACGUCCUACAUUUUUUUCACAUCACCAUUGACAUCCGAAAUGUCUGUGUGUUUUUGGCCCCUUUGUUUUCCUCCUUCACUGCCAUUGUGACCUACCACUUCACCAAGGAGCUAAAGGAUGCUGGUGCUGGGCUCCUGGCUGCUGCCAUGAUUGCAGUGGUGCCUGGUUAUAUCUCCCGUUCCGUAGCUGGAUCGUAUGAUAAUGAAGGUAUUGCCAUCUUCUGCAUGCUGCUCACCUAUUACAUGUGGAUCAAGGCCGUCAAAACAGGGUCUGUGUACUGGUCCUCCAUGUGCGCUCUGGCCUACUUUUACAUGGUUUCCUCCUGGGGUGGAUACGUGUUCCUGAUCAACCUCAUCCCACUCCACGUCCUGGUGCUAAUGCUCACCGGCCGCUUCUCCCAUCGCAUAUAUGUGGCCUACUGCACAGUCUACUGCCUGGGCACCAUCCUCUCCAUGCAGAUCUCUUUCGUUGGUUUCCAGCCCGUGCAGUCAUCAGAGCACAUGGCAGCCUUUGGUAUGUUUGGUCUGUGCCAAAUCCAUGCCUUUGUGGACUACCUGCGCAGCAAGCUGAAUGCCCAGCAGUUUGAGGUGUUGUUCAAGAGUGUCAUCUCCCUGGUGGGCUUCCUCCUGCUCUCUGUCGGAGCUGUCCUCAUGCUGACUGGUAAAAUCUCUCCUUGGACUGGACGUUUCUACUCCCUGCUGGAUCCCUCCUACGCCAAGAACAACAUCCCCAUUAUUGCCUCUGUCUCUGAGCACCAGCCCACGACCUGGUCCUCAUACUACUUUGACCUUCAGCUGCUUGUCUUCAUGUUUCCAGUCGGUCUGUACUACUGUUUCAACAACUUGUCUGAUGCCAGGAUCUUCAUCAUCAUGUAUGGAGUGACCAGCAUGUACUUCUCAGCCGUCAUGGUACGUCUGAUGUUGGUGCUGGCACCUGUUAUGUGCAUCCUGUCAGGCAUCGGUGUGUCUCAGGUACUAACCACUUAUAUGAAGAACCUGGAUGUGAGUCGGCCCGAUAAGAAGAACAAGAAGCAGCAGGACUCCACCUACCCCAUCAAAAAUGAGGUUGCCAGUGGAAUGAUCCUGGUCAUGGCGUUCUUCCUCAUCACAUACACUUUCCACUCCACCUGGGUGACCAGCGAAGCCUACUCUUCCCCCUCAAUUGUCUUGUCUGCCCGCGGAGGUGACGGCAGCCGCAUCAUCUUUGACGAUUUCAGGGAGGCUUAUUACUGGCUGCGCCACAACACACCUGAGGAUGCUAAAGUCAUGUCAUGGUGGGAUUAUGGGUAUCAGAUAACUGCGAUGGCAAAUCGAACCAUUUUAGUUGACAACAACACAUGGAACAAUACUCAUAUUUCCAGAGUUGGCCAGGCCAUGGCCUCCACUGAGGAGAGAGCCUAUGAAAUCAUGAGGGAGCUGGACGUCAGCUACGUCCUGGUCAUUUUCGGAGGGUUGACGGGUUAUUCUUCAGACGAUAUCAAUAAGUUCCUCUGGAUGGUCCGGAUCGGAGGAAGCACAGACACAGGCAAACACAUCAAGGAGCACGACUACUACACGCCCACUGGAGAGUUCAGAGUGGACCGUGAGGGCUCACCUGUGCUGCUCAACUGCCUUAUGUACAAGAUGUGCUACUACCGCUUUGGCCAGGUCUACACAGAAGCCAAGCGUCCGCCAGGUUAUGACAGAGUGAGAAACGCCGAGAUUGGCAACAAGGACUUUGAGCUGGACGUGUUGGAGGAGGCCUACACAACAGAGCACUGGCUGGUCAGGAUAUACAAGGUGAAAGAUCUGGACAACCGAGGCCUUUCAAGAACAUAAACCAUCAGAUGGCAGUGAAAAAUCUUCUAGCGCACAGCACUGAACACCUUCCCCUGUGGUCUGCAGAUGAAUGAAGACAAAAAAGAGAACGUACUUUUUAUACUUUUUGUUUUGGGGGAGAAAUUUGCAUAAGAGAUUUUUUUUUUUGUGGAUGAUUUUUCUUUUCUUUUUUAGUUUUAUUUUGUUAUAAAGAAAUGUCAUGUCUGAAAUCAGAUAAAGUCCAUGUCAAAACAGCUAGUCUGAUUUCAGAGAUUUGCCAACAAAUUGUCAAAAAAAGCAGUGUUCAUCUGAGCACUUUGGAUUUUUUACAGUCCGGCCAAAUAAAGUGGGAUUAAACAAA